UCGAUUAUUUUCAACUAUAAGUAUUUAAUACUAAUUAUAAUUUUUGUCAAAUGGGCCGUGUUUAAUCGCCGAGGCCCAAUCUAAUUAGUUUUGCGGCCCAAUAAAUUGGCGGGAAAAUUAUAACGCUGUUCUAGAAAAGUUCUCUUUGGUUGAAAAUGUCUCUUGGCUUUGCUGUUUUGUUAAACUUGUAUUUGCAGAGAGCGCGUAAAAAUGGAGAAAUAUCUGGUAACAAAAAAGCCUUGUAGAGAACGGAUUAAAGUUCCUCUUAGGUUUCGUUGGAGGAAGAGUUUAGUUGAACUGAAUGGGAAAUUUGAGGCGAAUUAUCGUCAUGAAAUGAUGAGCUUGCUUAUGCGUUCCUAUUCUGAGGUUGGAUCUUUUCCGCAUUUGUAUAGCAUGGAUGAUGCGACACUUUGCUGCUCUAAUAUUAAUCGAGUGCUCGCAGAGGCAAGUAUUGAGGGCAAUCCUUUAUAUAGAAGAAGGAACGGUGUAACUUCUGUAGACUUUGAUAACAAGGGAAUAUACUUGGCGUCUGUCACAAAAUCAGGUUGCUUAACAGUUCAUGACUUUGAAGCUCUUUAUUGCCGGACAAACAAAUUAACUUGCUUGCAAGAAGACCAGAGCAAACUUUUACUGCAUCUCUCACCCGAACACCGACUUGAUGUUGUCAAAUGGAAUCCUCUUGACCAGAAUGAGGUUCUCUGUGCCUCUAUGAAACGUAAUGUUCUACUCAUAUUUGAUGUUGCAUAUAUGAUGUCAGAAGCAAUUGAAGAGUUACGUACAAGAAAUACCGCCACAGUUAGUGGAUCCAACAUACCCAAAGGUCUAUCUGAUGUUGCUUUUGCAUCAAAUAAUUCAAGGAUAUUUGCUUCUGAUACGCAUGGUACGGUUAAUGUUUGGGAUAGAAGAGCGAAGAAUCUGCCCUGUCUCGAACUUACAUCUGCUUCAUUUGGUACCCUUAACAGCAUCCAAUUAGAUGCAGAAAAUCAGAUAUGCCAUCCACCAGUAACAUCAGUGAAGUUGGCAACAUUACUAGAGAAGAUUGGAUCCUUGAAGGCACAAGCAGAAAUUGUUCCCAAGGAGAUUCACUCUAUUGGUCUUAAUCCGUCGUUCCCAAAUCAGUUAGCAUUCCAUAUAGCAGACGGCUGGUCGGGCAUUUUGGAUAUUAAUAAUUUUAAAGUUACACAUAUUCAUUGCCCACCCCCAGCUUGGAUAAAUGAUUCCUACGCUUCUCUUGAUCAAAUGGAUUUAAGAAAACCUUCAUGGUUAUCGACAUGUUCGAUCUAUUUGGCAGGGUCACCGUUUAAUCGCGGCCUUCAUAUGUUAGAUUUCUACCCGAGUAUCAGCUCACCUUGUCACGUGGAUUACAAGGAGGAUAUACCAGAAGUUUCCAGUUCGACAAAACAAAAGAAUCAAAAUAGAUUCAUUCCUUUAACUGAAGAAGUUUUGUCAUGUGCUGCUCAUCCUUUGUACAAUGCCAUCGUAGCAGGAACAAAGGAAACAUCUUUGCUCGUGAUUUCCCAAAAACGUAAAUCAUGCAAAGGAGAAGAUUAGUAUCAAGCAUAUGCUAGAUUAAAUUGUAGAGUAGUGGUAAUUGGAAUGUCUUUCUUCAACCAAAUUCACGCAUCCUAAUAUCCGACUCUCCUGGAGCAUACCCUUUUUGGGUUCUUUUCUUGUACAAUAGUUGUAUGAGCUUAGUUCAAAUUAAAAAUGUGUUUGUAUCUAUCUCACUCUCAAAAUACUUACAAAAGUCAAAUUAUUAAAGUUAAUAUUGGGCCA